CCCCGAAUAUUUUAAUCCACUCCGCCCAUUCUUACCUAUCCCCGAAACUAUACAAAGGUGACUAUUAUGGGUGAGAGUCAUAAGGCAGUGCCUAGAACUAAAGUUCGGUCUAAACGAGCGCAAUAUGUCAAUCAGGCUUGCACCUACUGUAGACGACGCAAAACUAAGUGUGACGGUGGACAACCUUGCAGGGGAUGCUCCUCGCUACGUAAGAUGUGCGAGUACGAAAUCCCGCGAAGUCAGCCCCAGUCAGCCCUCGCGAGCCCUCGGGAUAAACUUACCGCAUCUGUUCAAACUGUCAGUUGUGGUGACACGGCUGCCAAAGGUAAUUCCAUGACGGAGUCAAAUCAAUCAACUUUUACCUACAGCGAAACUCGGACAGUCCAAACUAUGCCAGAUUCUUUGCAAAAUAUCCCAGAAUUCUGCGGUCUGUCAAGCUCUGAAUUUGCCCUUAAAGCCGUCAGCGGCAACCUCAGGGAGAUGGGCAUGCCUUCUGCUAUUCUCAGCAAGCUGAGCUCUGAUUAUGGUAACAGUUCGGAGGUCCCAUCUCACUUCUCGAAUUAUGGCCCGUUCAUCAGGCUUGUAGCUAUGGAUCCUUUAUGGGAUAUACCUCAAACCGAAACUGUUACUCUUGCCAAAAAGUGGUUUACCAGUAUGGGUCGACUUUACCCAUUUCUGCGCGAGAAAGAGCUUCUAGAUACGGUCGACAGAGUAUAUGCAGCUAUAGGGCCUAUCAGUGUUGGGACACCCACCCCUAGAAGAGAGCUGGCAGCAGAGGCUCUUUUGAAUACUGAGACCAACAAGCUAAAGAUUGUUCUCGCUAUUAGCAAGACAAUGGAGGAUGGCGGUAGAAAUGAUCAGGCUCAGAGGCUAUUUCAAAGUACAACAGAAGCUGUUGAGAGUUUGAUCUGGAACCCAAGUGGCAUUAGCGGCAUACAGCUUCUGGUACUGACUGCCGUUUACCAUUAUCAACUCGACGACGAAGUGCGCACCGGGAGGAUGAUUGGGCUUGCAGCAAGACUUUGUCUGGAGAUAGGGCUACAUCGGCAUACCACGAUGGAGAAAGUCUUUGCGAAUCAUGAGGAUCGAACGACUGCAUUGAAUGUCUUUUGGUCUGUAUACAUGCUCGAAAGACGCAUUUGCCUUGGCCAAGGUAUUCCUUACUCCAUCCAAGAUUGCUAUGUCGACCAGUUACUAUUUCUGCAGGAUGACUCAGAUCCUGUACUCUGCUGUCUGCUCCAAUGGACUAAACUCGUAGGUAAGGCGUGGAAAGUUAUGAACAUUGAUGGAGAGAACGGAACAAGAGUUCAGGGGGAUGAGCUUGAGCACCUGGACUCCCAAGUCAGCCAAUGGUAUGACGAGCUACCACAAUACCUGAAGCUAGACGCAAGCCUUAGCCACAGUGAAUCGUUUUCGACGUCACUGUUCGUCCAGGCAACUCUCUAUCUUCGGCAAAGUCUUCUUCGAAACUUGGUCUUUCGGCCUGUACUGCAGUCCGCCUCCUGCAUUAGCCAGAAUGAAACGAAUGCUCAUGCAGCGGUAGCGCUUGCUAAAGACGCGAUAUCUACGCUUGGCAGACUUAGUGCACACAGAACCUUGAUAUUCUCUCAUGUGCUCUUCUUCAAACAUCUUUUGGUUGCAGCAUUUGGGAAUAUUCUACUCGCAAUUGCACAUGCCCACGUCUUGUUCUGGGAUACCGUGCGAACAGAGUUUGAUCAAGCCCUUGAUCUUAUUCUGCUUCUCAGCACAAGGUCAUCCCCGAUGGUUCGGUUAUGGCAGCGUCUGCAAGGCUUGCGAGAGCUUCCUGCAAGGCUUGAUGGGCUGUCAAACUCGGCCCAAUCAGGUGGCCUCAAGACUGGUCUUGGAACGGAUGAUUUCUUAUCAGACUUACCAACUGAUUUCAACUCGACCCCACAUUUUGAAUGGACAUCGGGAGACUUCGCUUUCUUGUCGGACAUCGGAAUUGGAACUGACGCGUUUCCUGAUUUUUCAUUCCUCGUAUACGACCCCCCACAAUGAGAACAUUUCCCAAUGAUGACGAAAUGGUUGAGCGAGCACCUAAUGACGGCAAGGUUAAAAUUUGAAGACGUGAGGAUUCGGAUGGGAAGCAAAGAGGAGACGUGAUAGUAUGUACAUUAAAGCUAUGAUUACUGUU